AUGGGGCAAGAGAAGAAGUAUUCUGGAGAGCUCGUCCGCGAGGAGCCACCCAGUGACGAUAUCCAACAUGGCCAUGUGUCCGACAAUUCCGAUGACUUACAGCGUCACCUUGGCAACCGUCAGAUUCAGCUUAUCGCUAUCGGCGGAUCCAUUGGUACCGCUCUAUUUGUGUCCAUUGGUGGUGCCCUUAACAAGGGCGGUCCCCUUGGCAUUCUCAUUGCCUAUGCCGGAUAUUCUUGCAUCAUUGCCCUCGUGAACAAUGCCAUGGCCGAGAUGGCUUGCUUCAUGCCUGUUUCCGGAGGCUUCAUUCGAAUGGCUGGACACUGGGUUGACGAGUCCCUCGGCUUCAUGGCUGGCUGGAACUUCUUCUUUUACGAAGCUCUGUUGAUCCCAUUCGAAAUUACGGCGCUUAACAUUGUUUUGAGGUUUUGGAGAGAUGAUAUACCAGUUGCUGCCAUCUGUGCUGCAGUCAUCGUUCUAUACGCUGGCUGUAACAUCUUGGCCGUCAAGAUAUUUGGUGAAGCCGAGUUCUGGUUGUCCGGAGGCAAGGUCUUGCUGAUCCUCAUCCUUUACUUCUUCACCUUUAUCACAAUGUGUGGCGGCAACCCCCAGAAAGAUGCCUAUGGCUUUCGUCAUUGGCGCGAACCCGGUCCAAUGGCCGGCAAUACCGAUCUCGAACGGUUCGAGGGCUUUCUCGGUGCACUUUGGGCUGCUUCCUUUUGUGUCGUCGGCCCCGAAUACAUCUCCAUGGUCUCCGGUGAAGCCAAGCGCCCUCGUGUUUACAUCAAGUCUGCCUUCAAGACCGUCUACUUCCGAUUCGGUGCCUUCUUCAUCCUUGGAGCCCUCUGUGUCGGUGUCGUUCUCGGCUACAAUGAUCCAGAACUCGUCUCUGUACUCAAGGCCGGUGAGAGCAGCGCUGCUGCGUCUCCCUACGUCAUUGCCAUGAAGAACCUCAAGAUCAGUGGCCUUCCCCAUCUUGUCAACGCCCUCUUGAUUACCAGUAUCUUUUCCGCGGGUAAUACAUACACCUACUGCGCUACUCGUAGUCUGUACUCGCUCGCUGUCGAGGGUCGCGCACCCAAAAUCCUACGCAAGUGCACCAAGAACGGUGUUCCCAUCUACUGCUUCUGCGUGGUCAUGGUAUUUCCGUUCCUGUCGUUCCUCCAGCUGUCAGAUAAUUCCGCAAAGGUGCUGACCUGGCUCCUCAACAUUAUUACCGCUGGUGGUAUCAUCAACUACAUUGUCAUGUGUGGCACUUACAUUGCCUUUUACAAGGCGUGCAAAGUCCAAGGCCUUGACCGUAAGACACUUCCCUACUGUGGGUACUUCCAGCCGUACGGCACCUGGUUCGCACUAUGCUUCGAGAUUGUUGUUGUCUUUGUCUAUGGCUACACCACCUUUAAGCCUGGCAACUUCACCCUCGAGUCAUUCUUCACCUACUACACCAUGGUGGGCGUUGCUCCCAUCCUCUUCAUCUUCUGGAAAUUCUUCAAGAAGACCAAGUGGCUCAAGCCCCACGAGGUUGAUCUUGUCUGGGAUGCUCCUCUGAUUGAUGCCUAUGAGGCUUCUUUCAUUACUCCACCCAUCGGCUUCUGGACAGAGAUGCUCCAGCUCGUCGGUUUUAAACGCAACGUUCCUGUGGACAAGCGUGCUGUUUAAUUUGCUUACAAUGCCCGAUACGGCAUGAUGGAUCAUGUAUAGCGACAUGAUUUGCGUUGAUCUGACAGUACUGAAUAACACCCUUUCGCCAGAAGCCUAAGGGCUUUGGUCACUCACUACAUAGUUACAAUACCCAUUUGAUUUGCGCA